UAUGCUUUAAUAUUAUUCUUUUUUUUCAAAGUUGAGGUUGAAUUUGUGAAGCUUUUGAAAUGGAGAAUGAGAACACAAAGCAAAAGAUGUUUGAGAAGUUUACAUGGACGAUUCAGGACUUCUCUAAAUUGGACUACAAUGAAUACUCUGAAGAAUUUUUCCUUCAUGACCAUUUAUGGAGGAUUCUGAUUUAUCCGAGGGGAAACAAUGUGGAUUACUUAUCAAUUUAUUUAGAUGGUGGUGGGAAUGUCGAAAAUUUGGGUGGGGCAUGGUACAAGUUUGCAAAUUUCAAGUUGACUUUAAUUAACCAGAUCAACCACAAAAUGAGUAGAACAAUGGAAACUGAACACCUAUUCAGUGCCAAAGAGAUUGAUUGGGGUUUCUUACAAUUCAUACCUUUAUAUGAACUUCAUAACCCUAACAAUGGAUUUAUAGUAAACGAUACUUGCAUAGUUGAAGCUGAGAUUUUGGUUAGCAAGUUAAAAGAGCAAAAUCAAGUAGAUCAAGCACACAAUAAGACCAACGAUAAACCUACCAAACAUAUUGAUAAACCUUUACCUCAGGAAACGUUCACAACAUUUGUUGAGCUAAUGGGUUUAAAGGAUAUCCAACAAGAUUUUAUUCCAUUGUUAGAAGAAGUUUGUGCACAACAUCCUUUGCUUAUUAAUAGUCAAAAGAAGAGAACCCUUAUGUAUGUUGAAUGGGCAUUCACAGCUUUGGGUAGAGUUCUACAUUUUCUGAAGACUAAAAAGGUGAAAGAUAUGAACGAAGAUGCAUGUAAUCAUCUUCAAAAUUUAUGGGAGGAACUUGAGACAUUCAAAUUUGAUUUGACUUGGUUGGAACCUCAUGUUCAAUCAGCCUUGAAAAUGAAAAACUACGUGGAGAGAAGUGUUCAAGUGAAAAAGAAGAAGGAGAAUAUUUGUGUUUUAGAGAAGGAAAUAAAGAUGCUCAAGGAAAAAAUUAUAGAAACAAAGGUGAAUCUUGAAAUAACAAGAAGAGAAUUGACUAAAAUAUCUGAAGCCUUUGUAGAAUGUGAUUUGGAUGAUGGGUUAGGAUAUGGAGGACGAUAAAUUUGUUAAAAAGUUCAUUGUAUAUGUAUUAUGUAAUUUGUCUAUGAAAUGUUUAGAGGAAAAUAUUUGAAUAUGAUUGUGGACAUUGACAAUGUGCAUAAUAAUUGAAAAUUGUUGUAACCUAUCACAUAAUGAUAUCCUUAAUGAUGUGUGAAU